AAAAAUGUUUCGUUCCCUUUGAAAUUAUAAUAAAACAAUGUUAAUUGAGUUUGAGAUAUGACGUGAUGAAAUUAUUUGUCAACCAAUGAAAAGUACGAGAGUUGAUGACGUUUUGAACACGAGACUUUCCUUAUACCACGACAACAUGGAGGCUGGGUGUACACAUCUUUUUAGUGUUUACAGUUAAACUUUAAUAGAUCGAGAAAGCAUGUAUCGUCAACGGGUACGUAAAGCAAUAUAGCAGUACUUCAAAACAAACAGAGGAAGCCAACAGCCUGCUAAAUGUCACGGCUAAGCUUUACGAGUUCAGACAGGAAGGACUCUUGCACUUCGACCCAGGAGGGGCUCAAACUUAUAGAGCUGUUGCAAAAUUUCCUGGUACAACAGAAUGAGCAGAUCGAAAUUUUGAAAAACAGUGUCAAGAGUCUGGAAGAGGAAAGGGAUGCUUUAUUAAGUAAGAGAUGUGUCAACGACACGUAUUCCUUGAGAGAUAUUGCAACACAGACUGACGAGAAUAACGAUUUGUUUCAAUGCCAGCGCAGUUUCGCAGAAGGAAGGCCAGAAAACCACAACCCAGGAAAUAUUCAUGGUCACCAGAAAAUGGAUGUGGAGAAGUCCUUUAAGCAACAGCAUACAAAGACAAAAGAAACUGAGGUGCAAGAAGUGGAGAUUGCACUAAGUGACAGAGACUCCAGCUCAUUAGAUAGUGCAGAUGGUGUUCCAGCCAUCAAGAAGGGCAAUUCUGAAGUAAGAUACAAUAAAGAUUACGCAAGCCUGCUAGACACACCAGUGAAAUCAACACCAGAAGCAAAAGGAGCUUCAGUAACCCCACAAAAGUCAAUAAAGCGAACUAGCUCAAUUCAUGUGAAAAGGCAUGAUAGUAAGGGAAGAGCAGACUCUUAUCAACUUUCACCUGAUUUGCAAGCUGUUACAAAUGAUUUGCUGGCUAAUAAAUAUGGAGGGAAAGAGAAGGCUAAUAGUGCUGCGAAGGUAAUCCAGGAAUAUUACAGGCAUUGGGUCCUGAGUCGAAGCUUCAAGCGAAUGAGAGCGUAUUCAGAGAAAAGAAAAAAGUCAAUAACUAGGUAUCCAGAGAGAAUAUUGGACAGUGAUAGGAAAAGGGGUCAAAAUACUAUGUAUAACAUUGAAAACCCUGUCCUUAUUGUUGAUCUAGAAAAUGGCCAAGAAAAGGAUAGUAGUUUAUACUUACAAACGAAAGAGGAAGAUGAAAACACUACUCUAGAAGCAGAAAGAACUGAAAGAACUUCAUCAUUUUUGAAGACUAUGAGUCGUGGGAAAAUUGUUGCAGAUGAGAAGGGGGCUGUCAAUGGUGAUGGGCGUAAAAUUUUGUUACCUUCAGAUACUAUGUUCUAUUGUGGUUCUCCGAAAGAAAAUAAGGUAGAAAAGGAAACCCUACUUGGGUCAUCAAGACCAGUAAAGCCUAACAAUGAGGCUGCAUCAGUGGAUGAUGAGGCUGAGGAAGAAAAGCAGGGAAGUCCAGAGAGUGAGGAAAUAUCAAAAAAGAAAAUCACAAGGUCUGACAGCUCUGAUAGCUAUGAAAUAAUUGAUGCACAACAGCUCAUGCAGGUUUAUGCUCGAGAUGCACAGUCAGUAGGAUCUGUUUCGUCUGUUUCAUCAGACACAAUUGAUGACAGGCAAGAUGUGUAUGACUCAACAGCAUCAUCAAUGUUUUAUGAUGAUGAUCGUUACCCUCCAACUGUUGACAAAUCUAGGAAAUGGAAGUACAGAAUUGGGAUAAAUCUUUUCAACAGCAAACCUGAGGAUGGCAUCGAAUACUUGGUAGACAAUGAAUUGAUACAGAAUAAUCCAAAAAGUGUUGCUGAUUUUUUACGAAAGGAAACAUCUAUUGCCAAGCAGAAAAUUUCGGAAUAUUUCGGUAACUUCCGGAAGGAAAUGAACAGACUUGCUCUCAGUGAAUUUGCUUCAUCAUUCGAUUUUGCAAACAAGGAAAUCGACGAAGCAUUGCGACAAUUCCAGUCUUACUUUAAACUAACGGGAGAAGCUCAGUCUAUAGAAAGAUUUCUCCAGGUGUUUAGUGAACAGUAUGUAGUCUGUAAUCCAGAUGGAAUGACUAUAAACGUUGACACAGUCCUGUUGCUAAGUUACGCCAUGGCCAUGCUUAACACGGACCUUCAUAACGAAAACGUCAAACGUAAAAUGACUGUAGAUGAUUUUAUCAACAAUUUACGAGGUACUGAUGAUGGCAAAGAUUUUCCACGCGAGAUGUUGCUCAACAUCUACAAUCGAAUACAGAAGAACGAAUUUUCAACCGGAGCUGAUCACAUGACACAGCUGAAGCAAAUAGAACAAAGUUUCAUUGGGAAGAUACCAUCGAUUGCAGAGCCUCAUCGACAAUUUGUGAAACUGUUUACUCUAGAGGAAGUCCACGAUCCAAACAGAAUCGACAAACCGCAUAUGAGACUGGCCUUUCUCUUCAACGACCUGCUACUGUUGGCAAAGCCAAGGAUCAGGCAAGGUGGUCACGGGGGUGGUCAAAUAACCUUAAAAGCAUCGUAUAAGUUGCUGGGCAUGCAGUUGGCCGAGUUUAGCAAUGAACAUUACAAAUACGGCGUUUAUCUACAGACAAAAAUCGAUUCAAAGACUGUAGCUCGUUUCAAUCUGAAAGACGAAAAAAUGCGGAAAUCGUUUGUAGAAGAUCUUGACGACUGUAUUAGAGAGACAACUGGAAUGAACAAUAUUCGAAUAGCUCUUAGCAAAUCAAAACAUGCAGCCAGGGGCAACUAUAUUGGACCACAAAGUAUGACAUUGGACAGAAAGAAAAUCAAACGAAAGACAGAAGGAGGGGGCGAAACUCUUAGCUUAUUGAAUGUCCAAAUAACUUCACUGGAAGCUGAAGAACUGACUUCGAAAAACAGAGCUUCAUCGAUGUUAAAUAUAAGUGAGGCUGCGUCAGACACAGAAUCGGAGCCAUCUAUGAGGCGGUCAAAUAGUUCGAAUUCGUUAGACAACGCCAUAAUAAACCCGAGAUUAAAACAUUCGUCUCUCCCGCGUAUCAGUGAAGCAGUUCAGAAUUCGUCUUCUGUUCCACGCCGAAAACACACGCUGUUUGGAUUUAGUUUAAGAAGAAAAACGUCCGUAGAAAAUAGUGACAGGCGUCGUGAGGUUGGAAAAUCAACGUUUUUCGAAGAGGUAGAUGACAUAAAGGAGAAAUCAGUGUAAUUUCAAUUUCAUUGGUAAACAGAUGUUUAUAGAUAUUGAAACUGUUUAUAUAAAUUUUAAUAAUAUGAAUUUCAGGGUGCUCAGGGGGUACUUAUGUCUUGCGUAAAAUAUUUUUAACCUAAUUUGUGAACCUGGAUUAUUUGAGCAAAUCUGUUGAGUUUUUCACAAGAACUUCAACAUCUGUAUGCAUCGAAAAGGCCUUUCCUAAUCACCAAGAUGAGUAUUGUGAAAUUAUUACGCUAAGGCCACAGAACCUUAGUGCAAGAAGGAUCACAGAGUUCUAGGCAUCUUUCUGAACGCUUUUAAGUAUGCGUUAGUCUUGUUACCGUUAAAAGGUCCACCCUCCCAGCCUCCUGAUGUCAUUUUAUGUUUUACAUGUAUAGCUUCCAGUUUCGGAUAUUUUUCCAAAAUUUACGGUUAGCUUCGCAUGAAAUAUCACAUUUGUUUCGAAAUAUAUGUUUUGAAUACUUGCAGAAUAUCCAUGUAGAACUCAUAAAGGAAAGUUAAAUAAAGCAUCAUUAAGGUUUGCUUCAAUUUUUGUUUUAAUUUUGGUCCUUAACCCCUCAAAUUAGACUGAUUUUCAUGUUCAUUUUGGGUAUAAAUUAUUCUAUCACCCGUUUGAAUCCCGUAUCCAUCUUUGUACCAGAAUAAUGAAAAGAUAGAACAAAUUGUUGAUGGACUUUGUAUAUAGAAGCUUCUUGGUUAACAUUUUAAUUUCA